AUGCGUUUACUUCAAAAAUUGUAUGAAAUUUCACAUGAUGGUUUUGCAAAAGUUGAGCUGAAAUCCAAGUUUUUAGAGCUUUCCUUUAAUGUUAUCAUGAGAAUGAUUAAUGGAAAGAAAUAUUUUGGUGAAGAUGAAGAAAGCGAUGAGGCUAAAAAAUUUCAGGGCCUUAUUCGUCAAACGUUUGAACAUGCUAGUGCAUCAAAUCCUGGAGAUUUCUUGCGAGUAUUGAGAUGGCUAGACUACAAAAGUUUUGAAAAGAGUUUGGCAAGGAUAAGUAUGGAUAUGGACGUAUUUUUCCAAGGUCUAGUUGAAGAACGCCGUAGUGACAAGACCAAGAAUACCAUGAUUGACCAUUUGCAGACACUGCAAGAAUCACAGCCGAAAUACUACAAGGACGAAGCCAUUAAAGCAAUGAUUAUGGUCCUACUGCUUGCUGGAACGGAUACAUCAUCUGCCACCAUAGAAUGGGCAGGGUCUCUUUUACUCAAUCAUCCCAAAGUGUCGGAGAAGGCAAAAGCAGAACUUGAAACUCAUGUAGGAAUUUAUCGCCUGAUUCAGGAAGAUGAUUUAUCCAAACUGCCUUACGUUCACAACAUCAUUUUGGAGACCUUGCGUUUAUUCCUAGCAGUACCACAUAAGUCUUCUGCCAGUUGCAAAGUUGGGGGAUAUGAUUUUCAAGGCGGGAAAAUAUUGCUAGUAAAUACAUGGAGCAUCCAUAGGGAUCCCAAGGUUUGGGAUGAUCCUACAAGCUUCAAGCCUGAGAGAUUUGAAGGACUACAAGUGGAAACAAGCAAGCUGAUGCCAUUUGUGUUAGGUUUAGUCUCAAGAAAUGGACCAACGAGAAUAAUAGGAUUCUUGACAAUUCAAUAA